GUGUGUGUGUGUGAGUGUGAGUGUGUGUGAGAGAGAGAGUGUGUGUCUCCCGGGUUCGGUUCUGGUUUCCACUCCCGCUUCCACACACCCCUUAUUACACCCCACAUCUCAGUCAUGCACGCGAGCAGAACUUCCUCCUCCAUCGGCGUGUUCGCGGACUGCAGCAUCCCCGCGGGCGCGCGCCUCGGACCGGUACCGGGAAUCUUCCGCCUGGGGAAGUGCGUCUCAGACCGGAAGGAAGUCGGAAUUAAAAAGAAGGUGCGGCUGCUCAGAGGGGAGUUUGUAGAUGAAUGCGGUGCUGCAGUCUCAGAUUGGAUUUUAUUAAUCCGAGCAGCAAGGAACAGCCAAGAACAAAACCUGGAGGCGGUGUCGGAUUUACCUGGCGGACAGAUAUUUUACCGCGCGCUCAGGGAGAUCCCGGUCGGAGAGGAGCUAAGUGUUUGGUACUCUGAGGUUCUGGCUCAGUGGUUCCACAUUCCCACUACUGCAACACCGACACACGACGAAAGAGGUGAAGAGCGCUACAUCUGCUGGUACUGUUGGAGAAUAUUCCGGUAUCCAAACACCCUCAAAGCACACGUGCACUUUCAUUGUGCACUGAGCUACACACGAACGCCCAUCAGUCAGGAGCACGCGCCACGAGGACCUCCAGACAACACCAACUUCAGCCGCUCACCCAAGUCGGGCGAUAUACCCAGCAGCACGAGCACCUCGCCCUUCACCAACAAAGCAGCAGCAGCAGGGUUACCGAGGCGAGCCAGCCAGGAGGAGCAGGACCGAGCACUCGACAUGAGCGUCACCUCGUCAUCCAGACACCACCACGGCCUGGUCGGUGGGAGCUCCUGUGUUGCGUUUCAGCCUGGCACGCGCUCAGCUUUCAUCCCCGCAGGACUUGGCAAAAUGUUCCUGCCAGCUGAUGAGGUCACAAACAGAGACACAAAAGCAGACACCACAUUCAGCUUUGGAAAACUCUCUCAGGUCUCGAAGGCCAGCCGCACUCCUGUGGACUCUGCGCCGCGGGGGUUUUCUUUAUUAUCUCAUUUUGAGGAGACCUCAGCUUUCAAGCACGUCUCCCCCGGUACUCGUUAUCCUCACGUUCCACCCGGUUUCCCGUUCGAGCGCUUCUCGUUACCGUCGUCUUACAGCGGAGAGUGUAACAGCGUUCCUCUAGUACCAUUCACUGUUUAUAACGGAGAGCUGCUUUGCGGCUCACCCUACUACCCGCUAAAGUUCCACCUCCUCCGCUACCCGGACUCGGUUUCCUCCUACUUCGGUGCUCCGACUCUCGGGUCGGACAUGAACCCCACGUGCGGCUCGGCGGACAGGGAGAUGGCCGUGCAUGUGGAGAAAUCCCGAGCCAGGCUGGAACCCCUGCCCUCUGUGACGCACACGCACGCUGCAUCGGCGACGGGAGCGAACGCGGUCACGGGCAAACCGAAGAAAGGUCACUUGUGUCUGUACUGCGGGAAGCUCUACUCCCGGAAGUACGGACUAAAGAUCCACAUGAGAACACACACAGGCUACAAGCCGCUCAAGUGCAAGGUAUGCUUCCGGCCUUUCGGUGACCCGAGCAACCUCAAUAAACACGUACGCCUCCACGCCGAGGGAAACACGCCUUACCGCUGUGACUACUGCGGAAAAGUGCUGGUGCGCCGGAGAGACCUCGAGCGUCACGUCAAAUCCAGACACCCGGGACACCAGGGCAUGAAAAAGAGAUCAGCAGAGGAAGAAGAGCACGCUGACGAUCACACCGAGGAGCCAAAGAGCGAUGAGGACAGUGACGUGGACGUGUGCUUCACAGACGAACAGAGUGAUCAAGAGUCCAGCCAAAAAUAACCACUGACUCCUUAACGGACCUGUUGUUUAAAUUUAUAGUGAAUUACUAAUAUACAGUACACGCUCCCGUUAUUUAGCUACGAUACGCACUGGUGUAAAAUAUAAUGACCGUUUAAUUAUAAAGUCACAUGACAUUUAAAAUGGCAUCCAGCUUACAGUUUCCUGUGCUGAGGGAUUAGAAGCAGCGUGUACCAUUCUUAAUGAGCCCUUAUAUACUUCCCCUUAGUUAACAGCUUAUUUAUGUUACCCGAUUAAACCACUCCCCUUUUACCUCAUAAUGCAACUGAAAAUGACUGAUAUUCUCAGCCUCAUUAGGGUA